CCAAAAUCCCGCUUCGUAACGCAUUUCAAGAAUCCCACAGUUGGCGGUGCAGAGAGGAGCGCAUCAGCCAGAGCCACACUGAUAUUGAUAUUGUUAUAUUGCCCGUUUCUCCAUUUCUCCUGGUCCGCCCGCGUGCCCUUGACAGCCUUCCCUUGCUCUUAGCGGAGCGGCACGGCUCUGACGUUUGCCUGUGCAUUUCAGCCGCCCCCCGUCGGUGCUUCGCUAUCCCACCUUGAUAGCCGCUCCCCCCAACACCAACGUUGCCUCUACCUCAACCAACAACAGCUUCGUCUGUUCCACCCUUUACCCUCCCUCCUCCCCCUCCUCCUUCUCCACAUAUCGCGAAAGCGCAUCCGACCUCAUCAUGGCAGAUGAGACAGCUGCGAGCGAGGCAGAUCCUCAAAUCACCUUCAAGGUCAAGACCUCCAGCGAAGGUCUCCAUACUAUCACCAUCGCAGAAUCAGCGACAGUCCUGGAUCUUAAGAACACGCUUGCCGGAGAUGACUACGAGAAGAUACCCGCGGGUCGACAGCGGCUCAUCUAUUCGGGCCGCGUCAUGAAAGAUGAGGACCCGCUCAGCAAAUAUAAGAUCAAGGCCGGCAACACAAUACACAUGGUCAAGAGUGCCGCGAGCAACGCCGCGCAGAAUCCGGCGAACGCGGGUGCUUCUGCAGCUGGCGGCGCUCCCAGAGCGGCGCCUGGCGUACCAACCAAUAUGGCUGCAGGGACGGCAAACAACCCUUUGGCUGGCCUGACAGGAGCUCGGUUUGCUGGCCACAUGGGACUCCCAGGAGCAGAGAUGUUUGGCGCAGAUGGCGGAAUGGGCGCUCCUCCAAGCGAGGAAUCCGUUGCGCGCAUGCUCGAGGACCCCAACACGGUACAGAUCAUGCGAGAAGCCCUCAGGAACCCAGCUAUAGUUGAUAUGAUGAUUCAAAAUACUCCACACCUUCGAAAUAACCCCCAAGCACGCCAGAUCAUACAAUCACCCGAGUUUAUGCAGAUGAUGACCAACCCGGAGGCGAUUCGCGAAGCGGCACGCAUGCGCAGGAUGAUGCAGGGACUUGGUGGUGGAGCAGGCGCAUUUCCAGCUCCUGGCGUCACCGACACCACUCCGCAAGGUGCGGCUGGUAGCAAUCCUACCCCAAACCAGCCUACCGCCACGCCUUUCAACCCCUUCGCGGCCAUGGGUAUGGGUGCGGGGGGUUUCGGUCGUGGGGCGCCAGCAGCAGGAAACCCUUUUGCAGCGCUUUUCGGCCAGCCAGCAGGUCAAACUCCGUCCCAGACACCUCCGGCGGCUGGCUCGGCCGGCCAGGGUACGCCAAGUCAGGCUACACCAGGACAAGGUACUCCAGCUGCGAAUCCCGACGCCGGUGCCGCCAAUGCCGCCAACCCCUUCGCGUCUCUGUUCGGUGGAGCUGGGGGCGCGAAUCCAUUUGCACAGAUGCCACCCUUGACACCGGAGAGUAUACAAGAAGCCAACCAAGCAAUGCAAUUCCUCCGAUCCAGUGGUCUUGAUCUGGGCAGUCUGUUUGGUGGCGGUGCAGGAGCAGGAGCUGGCAGUCCGCCGCCAGCAGAUACAAGACCACCCGAGGAGAGGUACGCGGAGCAAUUGAGACAGCUGAACGACAUGGGAUUCUUUGAUUUCGACAGGAACGUGGAGGCCUUAAGACGGAGCGGUGGCAGCGUCCAGGGAGCGAUUGAGCAGUUACUGAGCUGA